AUGGCUAUCCAUCCCUUGUCCCCCGCUCCCGUCGACCCUACUCCUCCUAAUACUCAAAGUUUUGCCACAUCUGGCAUUACCCUAACUAUCCCUCUCGACGUCAACCCCGAACCACAGCCUUCCACCGCAAAGGCUCGUCGUGCCGCAGCAGCCUCCACCGAACGCCGAGAUAGUUUGAAACGUCGCGAAGCAUUGCUGCGCGGAAAGGAGGGUAGUCGGCGUCGCCAACGCUGGGAGAAUGAUCGCUUGCUUUCAAACCCCCAUGCUGUGCCUCCUUCAGCCGCAGAUUGGGAGCCUAGGCCUCUGCAUUCCCAGAAGCAUGUUCCAUACGAAUUCGCCUCCCUGUGGGAUACUCCUGCCUUUCAAAAGCGACAUCAACGCAAUGCAAAGUCCAAGCAGGAGGUUGUUGAUAAGGUUCCAAGGGAGCUGAAGGCUCGCUUGAAGCGUUCCCAUGCUGCUGUAGAUCUACUUCAUGUUUUGGAGGAGGAAGUAAGGAAGUUCAUCCUCGGUGAACAAAAAGAAACCGCUCGCGAGAUGGAGCAUGAACGUCCAGAGAGUCCGGUUCAUGUCAAUAUCGAGGACGUGGAGGAUGAGUCGGACGAGGAGAUUGUCUUCAUUAGCAAGAAGAUGAGAUACCAGCAAAGACAACAGGAUAUGAGUUCGUCCGUAUUGUCUAUUGCAGAUGUGAGGGUGACGGAGAAGGUUCUCUUUGAGAGCUUGCUGUCAGACCCUAGUGCCUCCUUUGGACGCUGGUUGGUCCAUGCCAUCGCCUCAUAUUAUGACCUCAAGAGCUGGAGUGUCACGACCGGAAACCAACGUCUGGCCUACAUUGGCUUCAAGGAGAGCGCUACCUCGAAGCUAUCCCAGGGCGUCCCAAGGCCGCUCUAUCUAAUGCUAUAA